AUGCGCGGACGCGGCGCCAAUGGCGAAUGUGGAAUCGCGCCCGUACCAUGUCAGCAGCAGGUCAGUUACAGGACAGCGACAGGUCACUCAAAGCCGCCCGAAGCCGCCCGAAGCCGCCCAACUAUUUGCGCGCCCCACUGGGACACACCAGAGCAGGACACGGGGCGCCAGGGAACGCGCGCCAUUGUCGCUCCGGUCGCCUGGGAAAUGAUGGGUGUCUCAGGCCCGCGCACACUUCACCUGGUUAUGGCGCCUGCGCCUUCCGAUUGGUAG